UUAAUUUCACAGAUAUAGUUAUAGUUUCAUACUUUAUGAGACUGAUGAACAAAUCAUCAAGCACCGUUCCAGAUAUAACUUGCCAACGGAGUGAAGUCGUGACAAUGAGCUCCACCUUGAUGAGGUAAAACAUACAAAUCUGCUUCCUUAUUCAUUUGUAAAUUAUGAUAAUCGAGUUAGGGCUGUCAUGAGAUCAGAUUUUCGCAUCAGGAUUAUCGUGUCCGAAAGAUAAUGAGUUUCUUGUGAUAAUAAAGAUAUCUGUGUUUUGUGUCUCUUUUUUGGCAAAUGAAUAAAAUCCCAAAAUUAAAGUGUCUGUCUGAGAGGAAGUCUGUCACCACAACUGUACAAUUAAUUAAUAUUUCAGUUUAAUGGAGCAUAAGUGACACCUGCUAUGACAAAGCAAGGACAGAAAUGAAUGGACAACAUUUAAGGGAUGGUGUGUUAGUUAUCCCAUAGCCUAUAAUAUUUGUUUAAUCAACACAAGAUCAAUAUUUUGAUAUAAAUGAUACAAACACAACUGUGGAUUGUGAGUACUUAGAGGCUUUUGGAUUCAGGACUUUAACUUGUGGAAUAUUUUAAUCUUCUCUUAUUAUUUUAGAGGCAGUUAACAAUGAGGUCAUUUUCCUGAUGGGAGCCAGUUUUUCUGGUACAAGUAAUGGAAAACUCUGCCAUAAACAUUGUGUAACUGAGCGUCACAUGACUGAUAACAGCUGCGUGAGAUAAAACACACUUUUCAGCUGAGCGGGAGGACGAGGUGCUCCUGACACCUGAGCAGCAACACUCUGAGCUGACAGAUUUGUAGUUUGUUUUUUUCUUCUCUUUAUCAACUCAACGUGUGACCGUCAGGACGCACAGCUGUCUGUCCGGGGCUCAUCACUCCUCCAGCCGUCUCCUUGUUUCCCGUCACAGGCGGAUAUUUGAGCAUUUUGCGCCACCUUGUGAGGGAACCGCUCCCCCGGCAGCGUCGAGCACUCGGUGCCAACAAGAUGGUGUCACUGACCGUCACCCUGCAGCAGCACACGGACGAGGUGAGCUGCUGCGCUUUCUCUCCGUCCCUGCUGGCCUCCUCCUCCGGGGACAAGACCCUCCGUGUUUACGACACCGCGGACUUCUCGGAGCUCCCCUUCUCCCCUCUGUCGGGUCACGGGUACGGGGUCCACUGCUGCUGCUUCAGCUCGUGCGGCAGCUACCUGCUCAGCUGCUCCACGGACGGCUCGGUGAUCGUGUGGGUCUCGAGGACAGGUGAGGUGUCCGCGGUGCUGCAGCACCCGGGCCGCAGUCCGCUCCGAGUGUGCGCACUGGCGCCGGACUCCUCCCUCCUGCUGGCCGGGGCCUGCGAUGGCACCGUGGCCCUCUGGGACUUCUCCUGCAAGACACUGCGCAGAUGCAGUGAAGUGAGCGAGGCCAGUGUCGUGGCCUGCUGCUUCUCUCCCUGUGGCCAGAUGUUUGUGACCGGCUGCACCCGCGGGGACCUCAAACUCUGGGACAUGGACGUCAACCUCCUGCAUGCUGAGAAGGACGCCCACGACAUGGGAGUCACCUGCUGCAGCUUCGCACCCCAGUUUCAAAUCAACGGCUGCUGUGUGGAGCUUCGACUGGCCUCCUGCGGCCAGGACAGCCAGCUGAAAAUAUGGAUUGUUUCCCAGCAUGAAGGAGCAGCCUGUGUCAUGAAGCUGCUUCACACUCUCACCAGCCAGUCGGCUCCAGUUCUGUCUUGUGCCUUCUCCUCUGAUGGGGAGCUGGUUGUGUCGGGCUCAGUGGAUAAAAGCGUUGCAGUAUAUGAUGCGAACCAGGGAACGCUGCUCCACACUCUGAAACAGCACGACAGGUACGUGACUGCUGUCGCUCUGUCUCCCACCAUGCCGUGGAUCGCAACCGGCUCCAUGGACAGAAGCGUCAACGUGUGGAGAAUAGGAGAUGGAGUCAGCGCGCCUGCAGCUGAAUCAAAGAAGACAACGUGCCAAGGAAGGAAGUUGCCGGGUCACUCCAGGCUGCUGCUUGCUGAUUGGUCGGAGGAGGAUGUGCAGACUUGGCUGUGCGAGGAAGGACUGCAGGAGCUCGUCAGCAUCUUUAAAGCCAACAACAUCGACGGAGCAGAGCUCAGCCGGCUGAACAAGGAAACGGUCGCAGAGCUGGGAAUUGAGUCUGUGGGCCUCCGCGGUCGUCUCACGAGGAAAGUCGAGUCCCUGAAGGCAGAGCAGAGCGGUUCAGAGGCCCCAGACGAGUUCCUGUGUCCAAUCACCAGAGAGCUGAUGAGGGAUCCAGUCAUCGCCGCAGAUGGGUAUUCCUACGAGCGAGACUCGAUCGAGAGCUGGAUCAGGGGCAAGAACAAAACCAGCCCCAUGACGAACCUGCCGCUCCAGACCACGCUGCUCACGCCCAACAGAUCUCUGAAGACGGCGAUCGCGCGGUGGAAGUUGAGCCAGUAGAUGGCAGCUCAUUUUUAGAUUGCUUGCCAGAAUCCAGAUUAACAGGUACUUCAUCAUUAAACAGGGACCAGCUCAUCUGAUAACAAGUGCUCUUAUUAUCAUCAAUCUGGGAAAAAAAAGUAAUUAUGAUUAAUCGAGUUUUGCUCAGAGGAUGAGUCAGAGUGAUCAGAAUCUGAAGUCGCAGAUAAGCUGCAUGCAAGCCAGUUGUUACAUGUUCCACUGUGUAUUUGAAGAGAAUCUCUCUGAAAGCAACACAAUGUCAUUUUUGUUCCUCUCGUAAAUAAAAUGUUCAGUUCUUAAGCAGCAAAA